AUGGCAUCCUUGCAGGGAUGUGUCAUUGCGCUAAGCGGAACCUUCUCCGGACGCACUCAGCAAGAACUCGAGGAAGAAUACAUCAAACCUCUCGGCGCCACCCUUUCCAAGACUGUCACCAAAUCUAUCACUCACCUAAUUGCGACGGAAGCCGAUUUCUCGAAGCCUUCUCUGAAAGUAAAGCAAGCUUGGUCACAUGACGUGCCCAUCGUAAAGUUGUCCUGGUUAGAAGAUUGCUUAGAGCAAGGCACCAGGUUGAUUGAGGCUUCUUACGAGUUUAAUUCUUCGAGUACGCCACUUGCGCAAUCAUCUGUCAAUACCAAUGUUGCCCCUCGAAAGAGAGCGGUCAUCACGAUCGAUGACAGCGAUGAUGAUCAACCGACUGUGCCCAUGAAGAGAAAGAAAGCUACACCUGCUAAUGCCAGUUCUAUCCAACCUCAGCCUGCUUCUCAGUUGCCAGCAAUUGUUGCAUCCAGAGUCUCGGGUUUCAUCGCAGAGUCCAAAACCAAAUCAGAUCUCACCAAAGGCCCGACGAACGUUGCCAAGGUAGCAUCUGUCGUCAACAUCCCUCUCGAUGAGACUUGUCCUCUUGCCCAGUACGCCGUCUAUAUAGAUGGUGAUGGAAUGAUCUAUGACGCAUCCUUGAACCAAACUAAUGCAGGUAAUAACAAUAACAAGUUCUACCGCAUUCAGCUUCUCCGCAAUGGAAGCGGUGACCACAAGACAUGGACCCGAUGGGGGAGAGUUGGUGAACGUGGACAGAAUAAGGUCCUAGGAGACGGUUCUCUACAUGAUGCCAUCCGUCACUUCGAACACAAGUUCAAGGACAAGAGCGGUCUUGCUUGGGCAGAUCGCACAGCCAAACCCAAAUCUGGAAAAUAUACUUUCGUCGAGAGAAGCUAUGCGGAAGAUUCGGAGGAUGAUGAUGCUCCCAGGGUGGUCAAGGCUGGAGAGAAGUUAGAACCCAUUGAGUCGAAAUUGCACCCUGCCGUCCAGAGCUUGAUGGCGCUCAUAUUCAACCAAGAAUACUUUGCAGCUACCAUGAUCGAGUUGAAUUAUGAUGUGGACAAGCUACCCCUCGGAAAGUUAAGCAAGCUCACGAUUACUCGAGGAUACCAGGCUUUGAAGGAUUUAUCAGCUCUUUUCGAUGAUCCUGCAUUGGCACAGACCCAGUAUGGUACGACGUUCCAAGAUGCAGCUGAAGAGUUGUCGAAUGCUUUCUUCUCUCUGAUCCCUCAUGCAUUCGGUCGUAAUCGACCACCGAUCAUCAACAACCUUCAAAUGCUCAAGAGAGAAAUUGACAUGCUCGAUAGUCUUAGUGAUAUGAAGGAGACUGCAAGCAUCAUGAAGAAGGACACGAAAUCUGUCGAUCAAAUGAAUGCUCUCGACCAACAGUUCAAGGGCUUGAAUCUGUCUGAGAUGACACCACUGAAGAAAAAUAGCACCGAGUUCCUCGAGCUUGGAAACUACUUUGUCGAUACUCGUGGUCAGACGCACAAGUUGACCUAUCAAGUUGACCAAAUAUUCCGCAUCGAACGUCAAGGAGAGACCGAUCGUUUUAAAGCAGGCCCAUUCUCGGGUCCACCUCGCGAUCGCCGCUUACUUUGGCACGGUUCCCGCUGCACCAACUUUGGCGGAAUUCUUUCACAGGGUUUGCGCAUUGCCCCACCGGAGGCACCAGUCACGGGAUAUAUGUUUGGCAAAGGCAUAUAUUUGGCAGAUAUGAGUUCCAAGUCGGCCAAUUAUUGUGUCCCGCAAAUCUCCAACGGCCAUGCUUUGCUCCUUCUCUGCGAGGUAGAGCUUGGCAAGCCAAUACAAAUGCUCACGGAUGCUUCGUAUACUGCGGGCGAGGAUGCUAAGGCAAAUGGGAUGUCGUCAACGUGGGGCAUGGGAAUUACAGGACCAAGUCUCUGGAAGGAUGCCGAAAUUCUGCACCCAACUUUGAAAGGUGUCAAGAUGCCUGAUACCCGAUUGAAGCCAGGUUCAACCAACGUCAUGAAUGCCUACCUUCAAUACAAUGAGUAUAUUGCAUAUGACAUUGCUCAAGUCCGUCUACGAUACCUGUUUCGCGUUCGAAUGAUUCCCGAUUACGAUUCCGAUUGAACACUUACCAUGUGGUUCACAAAGUCUGAAGGGCUUGAUAGGAAUCUUGGACUUUGAUUCAUGAUUUGCUUUGCUUGCUGGAUGGCGAAAGUUGUAUGAACAUUAUUGCUGGAUCAAUAUUCUUGUCAACUGCGGGCGAUCGGUG